UUUCGGUUUCAUGACCAGCGUAGCAGUUGUCGAAUGUUUGCAGAACGAUUUUAGAUCUAGAUCUAGCUGUAAAAUUUCCUGCAGUUAUCUUUGAAAUGCCUACACGAAUUCAGGUAAAGGUUGUUACAGAACAGAUACAAUAUUUGGAAGAACAGCUACAAGUUCUGGAACCUGUCAUUAAUUUUAUGAAAAAUGUUGUUACAAAAAGUAAGGCGUGGCUAGAAGAAAAAACUGACCAAUCAUCUGUCAGCUACAUCGAGCUAUCACAAGAACUGGACACAGCAGCUACAGCAUUGUUGGAUGUGACGUCACAUAUUUCUGAUAAAGACAACAAGGAUGUCAAGAAACCAACGCCAUCUUUACCACAGCCUGACACACAGACAACAGCAACAUUCCUAACAGUAGAAUCUACAAGACAACUCAUCACACAAGUUCAACACUCAACGGUUGAAGAACAUCCUGACCUAGAGCGUAGACUCGCCUAUAUUGAAACAACACUUUCUUCACUACAGGACACACAACACAAGUCUACAGAUGACAUAUCAGAAAUAAAACAAUGGAGAGACAACUUUGUAACAGAACAGCGUGACAUGGGGGUAAACAUUGAACAACUGACUAAAAAACAAAAGCAGAAUUUUAAAAAUCUCAGAAAACAAAUAAGUGAACAAGAUAACAAAACAAAGGAGCUGAACAAAGAAAUUGAAAGUUUUAAAGAAAAAGAAACUAAGUCAAACAAAACACUAGAGAAACUUUCUCUAGAUGUGAAAGAAUAUGAAAACAAAUUACUCAAAAUAAAUAAAGAGAUGCAAGCUAAUACAGAUGUAAGAGACGGUAUGAAAGAAGAAAUUAAAAGCCAUUCUGAUUUGAUUGUUUCUUUACAAGAUGAAAAUAAUAAAACCUUGGACAAAACAUCAACCCAAUUUGAAAAGAUGCAAUUAAAGCACAGUGUUAUGUACAAACUCCUACAACAAAAGUUGAUGCCCAUUGACAGACUGAUUCAAAUCUUUAACCAGAACUUGGAAAAUAGGAAAGAGCGAAUAAAUAAGCUUGGUGAACUUGAAAAUACUAUUUCAAAGUUGAUCAACAACUUUCAUCUCAUCGAGUCACGUGUAUGUAACAGAUAUGCUUGUCAUGUAAGGCUUGCUAAUCCCACACCUGUCAGUGUUGAAUCAGUUAUUUCAACAUUUAGUGAAGUACGUGAAUAUAACGGUCAACAUUUUAAUCAAACAUCAGGAACAUUUGUAUCACCACAUGAUGGUUUAUAUCUUGUAUAUGUAACUCUACAUGAAAGGGGAAAUCAACGGAUUGUAGUUGGUGUGGUGGCUGGAGGCGUGUGGUGUAAGUCUAUAGAAGUGAAAUGUUCCUACACUAGCGCUGCUGGGUCAGUGGUUGUUGACAUGAAGAAAGGUCAAGAACUUUACUUUGAAGUGUAUCUCGCAGAACAAGGCGCAAAUUUAACCGGCUGGAGUAGUUUUACUAUCGUUAGUUUAUAGAAGUACAACACAAAACAUGGUGGAUGGUAAAUUCUCAAAACAAUAAAAUAUGUAACCAACUUAUUAAACACACGCUAACAUGGUUACAUAAAACUAUAAUGGUUUAUAUGUUAUUUGUUUAGUCAUCAUUACACAGUUCCAGCGCUAGGUGAAUGAUCAAAAUAUUUUGUUUAAUUUGAAUACCUACAUGGUAUGUGUUAAGAUGAACGUAUUGUUCUUGUUGAAUAUGAAAUUAAAAUCUAGAACUUUGACACAUAUAAAAUGAACUAUUUAAAAAAAACGAAGGCUUGAAUGCGUUGACUAGAGAAAAUAAAUAUUUAUCUUAAGUAUUAAAAAAGCUACAGCUGAUAAAUAUUACACAACAACCUGAUCUUUUUGGCAUGGUUCUAGACUGAUGAAUUAUACGAAACUGUAAAAUAUUACUAGAAACAAAAACUCUUCGUAGACUCGAAGGUAAAACUCCAUUUUAGCGUAUUUUAUUCUCCGCCUCUUAUUUACCUCCAGUUGAGCGUAUUUUAUUAUAACAAGCGAAACACACCAAAACAUUAGGAAAACACGAUUUAUUUAUUUGUAUUGUAUUUUUGUUUUCACAAAUGAAUAAAAAUGAAUGUUAUGAAUUUGUAAAUAUUAUGAAAGAUACUGACAAUAACAUUUGUUUUGCUUCACGGUAAAA